AUGUCAGUACUCGACGCUUUGCAGAUUGGUGUGAUGGACUUUGACAGCAAGCGGCCAAGGCUAGAGUUCCUGGUUAAUACCACUGCGUGGAAUCAUCAGCAAGGGACUAUGUUGCAAUGGCUUGGAUGGUCGAAUUCCAUGAUCAUUUACAAUGACCGCGUCGCAUCCAAUAAGUUCGUUGGUAUAGUGUACGACAUCAUGCAGCGUAGGCAAGUGGCUACAUUGCCGAUGCCUUUUUAUAGCAUCAAUUUCAAUGGUACAGUCGCGGUGUCUUUAAAUUUUGCACGGCUUUACGUUACCCGGCGGGACUAUGGUUACGCUGUGGACAGCCCCACGCAAGAGCUGGAAAGGAACAACACUUGCCCCGAUAAUGAUGGCGUCUGGCUCAUGGAGGGCAUCCAGGACCCUGCUAACGUGAAGCCGCGACUGCUCGUGAGCAUACGCCAAGUGUUUGACUUUGUGGCAAGGUCGGACCUUGUGGACCCCAUCACACGGCAGAAAUAUGCCAGCAGCUUCACAGGUUUGGACACCAAUGCUGUACGGACAGAGUGCCGGCACUGGUUCAACCAUGCACAGUUAAACCGCGAGGGCACAAAGCUGGCGGACGAAGAAUGUGACCGUGUCACGCUUGAUGCAGUCCUCAACGGCUUCUGGACGCCAACAUCACAACGCUGCAGCUUAGAUGUGCAGUUCGCUGGAUGCACUUGA